AUGUCGCACAGUCACGGCGCGAUGCCCGAGUCGGCAGCGCCCCAGCCCGCGGCGGGCGGCCACUCGCACGGCACCGGCGGCGGCGACCCGUCGUCGGCCAUCAUGGCGAUGGUCUUCCAGAACUUCAUCCAGACGCCGCUGUUCACGACGACGUGGACGCCCAAGACCGGCGGCACGUACGCGGCCACGUGCAUCUUCCUAGUGCUGCUCGCGAUGAUCGGGCGCGGGCUGAUCGCGGUUAAGGCGGCGCUCGACCAGCGCUGGCUCAACCAGGCGCGCCAGCGGCGCUUCGUGGUCGUGGCGGGCCAGUCACCGCAGGCGGAGCGGGCGUACAGCGACCCGGACGCCAAAAUCAUGACGCUGCUGUCGGAGAACGGCGUGGAGGAGAAGGUCAAGGUAGUGACCCGGACGGCUGGCCCGCCGGUGAUGCCGUGGCGGUUUAGCGUGGACCUGCCGCGCGCGGCGUUUGUGACGCUGAUGGCUGGUGUUGGCUACCUCAUGUAA